AUGUCAAACAAAGAUGUCAGAAAAAAAUCUCAGUUCUCUUUUAAAUUUACAAAUCUACUGUUAGAUACUAAUGGACAACAUUUUAUAUUAAUCGGCAAUGCAGUAAAAGCUAUUACAAAAAAGCAAUAG